ACUUGUAGUCUAACCGUCACUAAGCUUUAUGUGCAACUUUCGUCAUGCGCUUUACCUUUAUCAUGCUUCCUUUAUCACACACACACACACUAAAAAUGUAAUCAAAGUUGCGAUAAUCGGAAAAGAUGCAUCAGUUACUCGCAAGGUCGGUGAUGAGGCGGUUGGUUUCUAGCAGUACCAGAAACCGGUUCAUGUGGUCUUUGUCAUCGCCGCCAUCAGCGGCGGUGAUAGUGUGGAAGGAAGUGGGUAAGCCGAGUAGUGAAUCAGUUGUGAUGAUGAGUGGCCAGAGGCUGGGGUUUUGUGGUCAGUGGUGGAGGAUGGUGAGCUCUGCUAGUGAACCGCCAACGAAGAAUUCGACGUCAACUGUGGCGGGGAAGGAGGGCGAUAAGGAGGCGAAAAGGAGCCGUGCUUCUGUGGAGAGAAUAGAAGGCGAAGACGAAGUAGCUGUUUCCAGCUAUUGGGGCAUCUCGAGGCCAAAGAUUACUAAACAAGAUGGUUCUGUUUGGCCUUGGAACUGCUUCAUGCCAUGGGAGACAUAUCAGGCUGACUUGUCGAUUGAUCUAAGCAAGCACCAUCUGCCCAAGACACUCCUUGAUAAGGUUGCUUAUUGGACAGUGAAACUUCUCAGGAUUCCAACCGAUCUAUUUUUUAAGAAAAGAUACGGUUGCCGUGCAAUGAUGUUGGAAACAGUGGCAGGUGUACCUGGAAUGGUGGGAGGUAUGCUGUUACAUCUGAGGUCAUUACGCAAGUUCGAGCAAAGUGGUGGUUGGAUAAAAGCAUUACUUGAAGAAGCUGAGAAUGAGAGGAUGCAUCUGAUGACUAUGGUGGAGCUAGUACAGCCUAAAUGGUAUGAGAGGUUGUUAGUUAUUGCUGUGCAGGGAGCGUUUUUCAAUUUUUACUUUGUGCUUUACUUGCUGUCCCCCAAGCUUGCACACAGAGUUGUUGGUUAUCUGGAAGAGGAGGCUAUACACUCAUAUACUUUGUAUCUUAAUGAUAUUGAUCGUGGUGAAAUUGAAAAUGUCCCUGCUCCUGCGAUAGCAAUUGACUACUGGAGACUGCCUAAGGAUGCGACUCUAAAGGAUGUUGUUACUGUCAUUGAUGAAGCUCAUCAUAGAGACGUUAACCAUUUCGCAUCUGAUAUCCAUUACCAAGGAAAGAGAUUGCAGGAGGCAGCUGCUCCUAUUGGUUACCAUUAAAUCAUUCAUAUUGUUCUGCUUUGUAUAGUUGUGUUUUGUGUAUAUAUGUGGUAGAUCAUGGUCCAGUCAAAACAAGGAGAGUCAGUUGGGCAUUUCUAAUUAAUCACGAAAUCCCCAAAUAGUGGCAUAAGUAUGGAUUAAACUACUGUUAUAUCCUGCAUCGUUAUAUGAUAAACGUGUGCUUUUGCUCUUCAAAUUUUGUAACCUUUAUGGGAUUGCAAGUGAUUCCUGCUCGAAAAUUUUAUAUAGUGGAUUUGUUUUAUGACA